GGAUGUGGAGAUGGUUGUAUGGUGCUUAGAGCAAGCUUAGAGUGCGUGUCUGCGAGGAGCUAUUCAAGGCUGCUGUGAACAAACAGACAAACGAGGCUGAGAACGCGGUGGCCAUCGCGAGAAGCGAGCGCGCCGAUCCCCACGCCUGCGACGAAGACGAUACCGCAUCGCUCAGAAGAUAUCCCGAUGUUGUGAGUGAUACAUCUUGGCCAGACGCCAUGCCUCUCACACUCAAUUUGGAUUUCGCAGUAACGGGCAGCAGCACGGGCGGACUCAGUCGUUCGGGUCGAGCAGCUCGCCGCACGCAACGACAUCCAACACGGACGGGGCGUUGCUGGGACUGGGGCAGCUGGACGCGUCGACGGCGAAGCAGAUGGCGGCGCUGAACGCGGCAGGGAUGGCACGGCUGGCGCAGAACGGACGCAGCGGCGGGCCAACCUCGGGCGCAUUGCUCGGCGGAUUGAGCUCUGGUCACGACGCCUUUCCGUUCCCACAACACACUCAACACCUCGCUCAACCCAUGGCCCGUCCAAAUCCCCAGAACAACGUCCUCAACGCAUACAAGCAGCGUCAGGCCCAGUUCCUCCACUCCCUCGCCGUCUGCCACAACGGCCGUGGCGCCCCCCUCCCGCCCGCCCUCACCGGCGUCCCCUAUCCCCCCAACUACGACCCCCACAACUCCCCGUGGAAGGCCCUCCAGCUCACCGGUGACGUCGGCGUAUUCCGUCUCGCCGGUAGAGACAUCGAGCUCUUCAAGCUCUGGAACACCGUCCUCUCAGCCGGCGGAGGUGCCAAGGUCUCCCAACAAGGCCUCUGGGGCAUCGUCUCCGCACAAUUCGAAUUACCCGACUCCAUUCCCCACCAGAAUGGCCUCCAGACCGUCGCAGACUUGCUCGCUCAGUACUACCGCGCCAUCGUCCUCCCGUUUGAGGAACUCUACCGCAAGAAUGCCCAAAACCAGCAGCAACGCGCCCUUCUCGCCGCCGCGCAGGCCCAGGGUAUCAAUCCAGCACAAAUGCAGGGUGGGGGCAUGAACCCACAGGCGAUGAUGAACAACACCAACAACUCGAUGUCCCAUGUGGGUGCCGAUUCCGUCGCGGCGAACCCAAACAUAUCGCCACACAUCACACGACAGUCCUCUGCGUCUGCCGUCAACAUCUCCCCAUCCCAAGCCCAACCGUCCCACUCGGAACACAACACGCCAUUCGACCCAGACUCCGAGAGCAGGAAGAGAAAGUCCGAUCUCGAGGAGGACCUGAAACGAGCACGACAAAGAACAUCGGAACCUUCCGAGCCUCUGUUGUCUUCUGUCGAACGCGUCCUUCCUUCAACACCCAUCACCUCUGGCAGCCAGUCCGCGCCGAAGGACGCCAUGAACAACGCCCUUCAGCAGUCUCCGCAAGGCCAGCGUCGCAAAAUCGAGUAUGUGCCCUUCAUUCGCGAGGUCACCACCUCCGGCGGACGCGACCUGCGCGUCCUUAUGGAGGAACACAUGCGUCUCCAUGGUCGUCGACCGUUACGGGAGAUCAACGAGUGGGGUUCAGUCGACGUCGAGGCGCUCACGAUGUGCAUACGCUCGAGGCUACCGACCGAGCUGGGCUACGCUCUCACGACGCUCACCAUGCUCUCUAUCAUGCGCGGUGGGAAUGGGGCAGGUUUCUUGGUCUCGGCCUCGGAAGAUUUAUUGGACGAGUUAUUGGACUUGAUCGAGGAGUUCGGGUUCGGAGAAAUGGAGGACACGGUGGAUGUUCAACAGGAGACGAUAACGACGCACAAGGAGCUGAUGGACAGCGUCGUCGAUACCGGCAACCAGGCGUUCGCACCGAUGGCCGACCGCCAGGGUGCGAAAGAUCCCAAGCUCGGGUUGAAACAUCGCCCCGGGGAGAUAAUCGUCGCCAUUCUCAACAUCUUGCGCAAUCUUUCCAUCGUACCUGACAAUCAAGAAUACAUGGCGGGACAGCUCCGACUGUUGGACGUCACCCUGCGCCUAUGUGGCCUCCGGCGGUCCCCCAACGGUGAACUCCAUGCGACAUCCCCGAACCUUUCUCUCGCCGACCUCGUGGCCGUACGGCGGGACACACUAUAUGUUUUCGUCAACGUUAGUGGUCACGCGCGGUUAUCUCCACUCACUUCUUCCUCCUCGAGCACUCUUGCGAAGACUUCCAAGCGAGUCGCGAGGCGCUCCUUCGAGCUGGUCGCCUCCGUCCUCAUUCACCCUCACGAUGCGGUUCCUCUCACGUCACUAGUCGAACAAAUGGGAAGUGCUCUCCGACCUCCACCGAUCGCCGACGCAGCCCUCGAGGUGUUCAGCUGCAUAGCGCAACUCGACGUCAACCGACAGGUGUUCUCAAAGACCGUCCCACAGGACUGGCAACGCCAGCUCUUCGUCGCUCUCGUCCACCGGCUCCCCAUGGUGGACUACGACUACACAUUGCUCCGAGAAGAGUUGUGGUUGGCCUACGUCCAGAAAAUCAUCAUGGGGAUCUACACCCUCGCGUUCAUGGCCUCUCCCUCGCUCAAGCAACAGCUGAAGAACGAUAAACGUCUGCGGCUUGCGAGGGUGAUGGCCCGGUUCGUGAAGCGGAUGACGGUGGACGUGCCGAACAAUGUUCGUGCGUUCUGGUACUCCCCGGCGCGGCGGGCUGUGGAGGCGAUGAAGCUGCUCGACGAUGAGGUGGACGCGUUCGACACGAAGCAGGCUACGACGGGUGGGCCUGCGCUGUCGUUCGGAGUGGGCUAUGGCGAAGGAGACGAUUCGAUAGAGAAGGGGACGGGCAUGUUGGGCGGCUUGCAGGAUGAUAUGGUGUGGGGGGUGAUGGUGGUUAAGGAACUCGAGGAGGGGUUCUUCAGGGAGCUGGAGAGCUUGACGCGAGUGGGCUAGUGUCGGGUCGUGUGUGUAUCUAUGCUUGCUUGGAUUCUGUCCGCUGUGUAUCGCUGUGUACUUUGCUCGCUAUAUUUAUUGUAUUUUGCGG